GGCUUCCAUCUUGUCAAUUCUACUGUGACAGAAAUGGAUAGCAUCGUUUGUAAACACGAAGGAGAGCAUAUCCUUAUGCCAGGACUAGAACUAAAGAUUGAAGAUCAGUGCAUUGUGAAUAUUAAGCAGGAGGGAGAUACACACAUUAAGCAGGAAGAAGAUCCUAUAGUUAUUACCGCAUAUGGAACUAGUAACAGAAAUACCCCAGAAAGAUGUCCCAGCCCUCUGUAUUCCCAGGACUCUACACAGGAAGAUAUUAACCCUUACAGACAUUACAAGGAGGAAGACUUAAAUAUUGUGGUGGUUGAUUCAGACCCAGCACUUCGUGCCCAUAAUGACCGUCUUAAGAUUGAUGAAGAUGAUUUCUCUCCAGAUAUCAAUACAGAUGGUGGUAUGCCUAGGACAAUAACCGCUUUCAAGAUGAGAAACAUUAAUGUCCAAGAGCUGAUUCGGGCUAUAGAGGAACAUCCAGAGCUGUAUGACACUUCCUUAGCAUCCUACAGUGACUGCUAUAAGAAAAAGGAGGCUUGGGUUGAAGUGACUCGUCGUGUAACUCCACACUGGCACACAAUGUCAAGAAAAGAGCGAGAGCUGCAAGAGCGCCAGCUAAAGAUACGCUGGAAGAGUCUUCGAGACCGCUUCAAGAGAGAUCUUAAUGCCUUGGGCAGUCAGAGGACUGGGUCUGCUAAAAAAGUGAGAAUUCAUCGUUUUUUUUGAGAAGCUACAGUUCCUCAAGGCCUCAAUGACAACACGAAAAACAUCUGGAAAUAUCAAAGAAGAGAGUGAGGAGAGUCUGCCCAUCCCUGUAGCUGAGGCUCCUGGAGAUGAGGAAGCAGAGGCUGAGCCUUCCCAACAGGCCGAUUCCUCAGUUAGCAUUGUCAUCCCAACAGAGGAGAAAAUCCUGCGACCAUCUCCACAACAGCGGGGUAAAAAAGUGCCAAAGAAAAAAGUCAGUUUUCCUGACCCCCUGUCAGCAGAAGUCAUGUCCGUCCUGGGGGAGAUGAGGGAUCAACUGCGAGAAGCCCGUGAACGUGAGCCAGCCCGCCAGGAAGAAAGCAUUUCCAGCUUCCUAGUAUCUCUAGGAGAUGAUAUGAGGCGUAUUAGCCCAGAACGACUGCCUCAUGUCAAAUUUCAGUUAAUGCAGGUGGUCCAUCAAGCUAUAUAUGCACCCGCCACAAUGCCUGUAUCACCAUUUACCACACCGUAUCCCUCUUCUAACUCAUCCUCAUUUCCUCCCUCUUCAUUAACCACAGACAUGCACAUACAUGAUUCGUACACUCCGACACCACCACCCCUGCACUCCCAUAAUUCAUAA